UAUGGCACUUUUCUCUUCUUCCCAACCAUCAUCCCUUUUCUUGUUUUUCCUCGCUCUUUUUGCUGCUUCUGCUUUUGCCCGUCAAUUCUCAAUCGUCGGGUACGCACCUGAGGAUCUGACAUGCAUCGAUAAGGUCAUCAACCUCUUUGAAUCCUGGCUUUUGAAACACGGAAAGUUGUAUGAGAGUUUGGAAGAAAAGCUACAUAGGUUUGAGAUCUUUAAGGACAAUUUGAAGCACAUUGACGAGACGAAUAAGAAAGUCAGCAGUUAUUGGCUUGGGCUUAAUGAGUUUGCUGACUUGAGCCAUGAGGAGUUCAAGAGCAUGUUCUUGGGGCUCAAGGGUGACUUGCCAGAGAGGAGAGAACCGUCUUCUGAAGAAUUCACUUAUCGAGAUUUCGUGGAUCUGCCCAAGUCUGUGGAUUGGAGAAAGAAAGGAGCCGUUGCACCCGUCAAGAACCAGGGUUCCUGCGGUAGUUGUUGGGCAUUUUCAACAGUGGCUGCAGUGGAGGGUAUAAACCAAAUUGUGACGGGAAAUCUAACAGCGUUGUCGGAGCAGGAGUUAAUCGAUUGUGACACGAGCUUUAAUAAUGGUUGCAAUGGAGGUCUGAUGGACUAUGCAUUCUCGUUCAUAGUCAGAAACGGUGGGCUUCAUAAGGAAGAAGAAUACCCGUAUAUCAUGAGUGAAGGCACUUGCGAUGAAAAGAAGGAUAUAUCAGAAACAGUGACCAUAAGUGGGUAUCACGAUGUACCUCAGAACAAUGAAGAUAGCUUCUUGAAAGCACUUGCGAACCAACCUAUUAGCGUCGCAAUCGAUGCUUCAGGUCGUGACUUCCAAUUUUACAGCGGAGGUGUGUUUGAUGGACAUUGUGGAAGUGAUUUGGAUCAUGGAGUUGCAGCAGUUGGAUAUGGAACAAGCAAGGGAGUCGAAUAUAUCACUGUGAGGAAUUCUUGGGGACCCAAAUGGGGAGAGAAAGGUUACAUCAGGAUGAAGAGGAAGACCGGUAAAUCUGAAGGGAUGUGUGGUCUUUAUAAGAUGGCUUCUUAUCCUACUAAGCAACACUGAUCCCAUGCACUUAAUUAAUUAAGACAUCUUAAUUUCCAUGCAUCUCUUUAAUUUUGUUGCUUCUGUUUCUCUGGAUUUUUAUUCAUUUUAAUAAAAUACUUUGUUGUUCAAGUGUUAAUUAAUGCAGCCAAAUCUUGGCGUAUUAAUUUUUAUUUUUCAAGUUUGAUUGUUUUUACAUUUGUUACGUAAGAAUUAUAAGUUCAAAUCGUUUUUUU